UGUAAGGGGAUUGGGGCCACGGUCAGCCUCUCCUCCGGGUAUCACCCCCAGACCAAUGGGCAGGCAGAGCGGGCCAAUCAAGCCCUGGAGGCGGCUUUGCGUUGCGUUACCACCAGCAACCCCGCCUCCUGGAGCAAGCACCUGCCCUGGGUGGAGUACUCGCUCAACUCCAUGGAGAGUUCGGCUACCGGUUUGUCCCCCUUCGAGUGUUCCCUGGGCUAUCAACCCCCUCUGUUCCCCCAUCAGGAGUUGGAGGUAGCGGUCCCGUCCACGAGGGCCCAUCUCCGCCGAUGCCGGCGCGUUUGGAAGACCGCCCGGGCCGCUAUGUUGCAAGCUACAGAGCGGGCCCGGCGCAGCGCCAACCGGCGGAGAGUGCCGGCCCCAGCUUAUCGACCUGGCCAGAGGGUAUGGCUCCUGGCCCGGGACCUGCCCCUCCCUACCCUCAACCGGAAGCUGGCUCCCCGCUACGUCGGUCCCUACACCAUCGACCGCAUCGUCAACCCUUCGGCGGUGCGUCUCCAUCUCCCUACCUCACUCAAGAUCCAUCCCGUCUUCCAUGUCUCGCGCCUCAAACCGGUAGCCACCAGCCCCGUGUCUCCCCCUGUCCAAGCUCCUCCACCCCCCAGGGUCCUCGACGGUGGUGACAUGGUCUGGGAUGUCGACCAGCUGCUCGCCGUACGCCGCCGGGGGCGUGGGUACCAAUACCUGGUGGACUGGGUUGGCUAUGGGCCCGAGGACCGCAGCUGGGUUCCCCGGUCCUACCUGGCCGACCCCGCACUCCUGGAGGAGUUCUAUCGGGCCCACCCCAACGCCAUCGGACGGUCGCCCGGUGUCUUCCGUAGGAGGGGGGGUCCUGUUGUGGUUACACCGCCCCGAGCUGCCGCCCCGGCACGUUCAAGCCACUCCCCCAGCUCGGACGAGCCGGAAACAUCCGAGCGCUCGCGCUCUGAGACGAGCGCUGCACUGCACCAGGUGUUUGCCAUCAUCCAUCAGGCACACCUGUGGCAAUCAGGCAGCCUUCUACAAGAAGCCUCCCAGAACGUCUCUCAGUGCUUCGACGUACUGAACCCUGCGGUAAAGUUCUGAUAAGCCCUCCAGCGUUCCUUGCUUUCUGUUUAUUCCCCAGUGUCUUAUCUUCGUGUCUCUGUUUCCUCCCAAGACUUUCCCUCCGCGUUUUCCAUGGCUCCCCGCGUCUCCCUCGUCCCCAGCGACCUUCACGUUUCUCCCCGGACCUCUCCUGCGAUCUCCCCCCUUGUCCCUCUACCUGGACCCCUCCUUUCGGACUCGAUUUCUCGGACCUGGACUUUCUCGGACAACCCCUCUUGGAUCACGGACUGGACUUUCUCGCCAGACUCCAGCAUCCCACGACCCCGGUUGGGAGAAGCGGCUUGGAUAAUGGAUGGAUGGAUGUUCUUAUCAAAGAAAAGUAAUUGUCUAUAAACUUCUCUUUUGGCUCUCAGUGUUACUUUGAAAUGCAAAGUAAUUGCAAUAUAAAUGAAGGAAUCUUCAUGAGGAGCCUUGAUCUAGAAUGCACUGGAAUGGUGUAAUCUAGGACACCCAGUAAUUUUCACUUAAUCUAUAAAUUUGUAAUCCUGUUCAAAUUGAGAAUUUCUGGUUAAAAAGCCAUAUUUUUUUUUCUAGAAAAGAUUAAAUUCACUUUAUAGUACUAGUUGUUUGUCAAUAUGCAUUUCAUCUCAAGCAAAUCCCUGGUUUUACAGGAAAACUCAAACAAGCCUGAAACUUUGUUUCAGCAGGAUCUGCACAUUAAAACAAAAAUCAUCAACUGUUACACACUAUUAAAGCCUCAUUAAAAACUCAUCUCAUACAAAUGUACUAAAAUCUGUAUAUACCAGUCCUGGGCAAAAGGGGUCACAUGAGGGUAAAUAACAAAAUGUUCCCCAUUUAUUUGGGUAACUAUCUGAAGUUACAAUUAUUUCAAAUGUUGGGGUCCUCUGUGUUAUUAUUUCAAUCUUUGGUGCCAUGUCAUUGUUUUGAGCCAGGUGUCAAUGGUCCCUUCCAGGUUCAAAAUUAGAGAAACAAUUUUCUCUUGCUUUGAUGCUUUUGCAGCCACGCUAUAAACUUUCUCUUUUUCAUUUGAAGCCAUUCACACAAGUGCCAUUAAACUAGCUUUGCAAGUAAUGUGUAAUUACCCUACAGGUUUCCAUUUUGACAUGCACAACUUGUGUGUGAUAAGACUAAUCACAAGUAUUAAAAAGUGAAACAAGCCAUCGAGAAGUGGGGUAGAAUUUAAACUACAAUGACAUUGGCUCUAAGAGAAUGGACAUCCUAACCUAUUCCACUCUUUGAUUUGCUACAUUGAGCUGUUGCAUUUUGGGUUUGGCUUCAGCACUCGUGUGGUGAAAUGGUUUUUGCAUAGAAAUGUCACUUGAAGUUGAAAUAGAUGUUUGUUUCAAGAGAAACCCCUGCUUGUUUACAGUAUUGAUUCUGAGGAUGAAUUCUUCAGAAGUAUUCAAUGAAAAGUCAACUGAUGUUAGUUAAAAAGCCCUGCAUCUCUUUUUUUCUGUUAACAUGCAGGCUUUGAGUAAGGGCUUUGAAUGAACAGGUGUCCGUACUAACAUGGCUCAUCUUAACCCAUUUGGGGAAAAAAUGGUAGAAUUGCUUUUUUAGAUUGAGUACUAUAAGGCUUGGUUGUAGAGGCAGAGAUGCUGCACAGUACUCAGCCUAAACUGGCCUUUAAGAUUGACUGAAGUUGGCUUGCAUCGACAAAUCCAUGUUAAAAUCCCUCCUUAACAUUGCCCAUUCCAGUUUAAAUAAUUAGACUCAACCAGGAUACAAGAGAUACUACAGGAGUACAAGGACUUGAAUUAAAGUGUCAAGAAGUUUUUUGAGAGCAGAUCUGUGUUUAUCAGUGAGACAAUAGAAUGUCAAAGUGAUGAGCACAUGUCAGAAAAGGAUUAAGGCACAACAUAAACCUGACAGAUUUUCAAAUAUUAAAUUAACAAUUAACAAAAAAGAAAAUCGUUUUGACAUUUGUUGGGUUUUUUAUGCAUCUUGUACUGUGUAAUUUUGCUUUUUUGACAUCCUCAUCAAGGAAAAUGGCCCAUGAAUUUAACUUUUUUAUAAAGGUAAAAAUGAAAAUUAUUUCUGUCCUUUUCAACUUAAAAAUUAUCAGUACAAUUUAAGUAUACAUUUUAAGUUAACGAGUCAAUUAAGAUACAAUCAUUUGAGCAGUUAAAAAUAAACCAAAAGAUGCAAAAGUAUUGCAAAAACAGAACGAUAAGCAUUAAGAAGUGACUAUCGUCAGAGUUUGGUGUGUGUGACAUUCAUGUUUGAUUUUAGUCGGGGAAUAGAGGUAGAACUGGCAAAGUAUUUUUCCCUGCCUUCUCUGCUCUUCAAAAUAAAAAAAUAAAAGAUUUCUUGAA